AGCAUGGUGUUCAAAAUGGCGGUACGGACGCUGUGUAUUGGCUGCCUUUGUGUGGUAUUCUUUAGCUUCAAACCCACUCAAUGUGAGCCAUUUCAAGCGCCAAGUUAUACCAUUGACCUCGAUCUUGCUCCGGAAGAAAGAUGGCUCAAUAUUACCCAGAAAUACCUGAAAUACACUCCGAAGAUUUUAGCAAAUCUGCGAAAGAAGAUUCCACCGUUUGCAAUACCGCUUGCAGAAAAGCUUGCUGUUGUAAUUGAUAAACAUUUCCCCGAGGAGUAUAAUAAAGAGAUGAUGGGUAUAUCAAAGGGACUUCAUCUAAGCUUUUCAGACACAAUACUUCUCAACAUUUUAUACGACGUAACAGCUUUUUGCACAAGUAUCGUUGCACAAGACAAGGAUGGAAGUGUUUUUCACGGAAGAAACCUGGAUUACUCUUUUACAGAUACGCUGCGGGAUAUAACUUUCAUAUCCAACUUUCAAAGCAAAGGUAAAUUAUAGAUUAUUCUGUAGACAGUAAGUGUGCGAUUCCUCUAUCAUGUUCCGUCGAGCAUGUAAUAGGAAAUAAAUAGUAAUUGAACUUUCACAUUCCUCGCACUGUUGUAUAGCUCAGUGGAAAAAGGCUAUGGUAGGAAAUGACUGAUCCGGUUAAUAGGCAAGAAAGCUUAUUUUGAGUGACAGUGACAUUCUUUACAACUCAAGGAUUAUGUGAAUUAAAGGUUCCAAUUUAUAAGCUUCCAAUGCGUUGAUCAAUUUGAAGAGUUAACGCCACUUGGCAACCCCCCCUCCCCUGCAUUCUGAAUUUUGGAGAUUAGUCCUUUCAAAAUUCCUACUCCCUGCGGGGAAAAAUUGUACUUGAAUGCCCUACUCAACGACAAUUUUUUAUUGGAGGGUUCUUUGUGUGAUCAAUGAAUGUUGUAGUAUCUAGCAAAUUUAUGUGAUAGUUUUUGCUGCUGUUGAGUUUUGCACUUGUAAGCAUCAUUCCUUGAUGUAAAAAUUUAUCACAUCAUGUUGCAUUUUGCAACUAAAUGCAAUAAAUGGAAUAAUCAUAUUCAAUAUUGUUUGAGAGAGAUUGUUAUUAAUUUUUCAGCCUUUGUUCAUUCACUAUUCAAUAGCACUUCAUACUCUGCAGACAACAACUGUUUUACAAUAAAGACAAGAUCAGCAAAUGUGACUUUCUACUCAUUGACCAGAGUUGAUUUGAUUAUUGAAGUCUUUAAAACCUGAAAUGCAUAACCUUUUAACCCUUUAACACCCAUGAGUGAUCAAAAUAGAAUUUCUUCUGACAAUAUCCAUGCAGUAUCAAGCAGACAAGUGAUGAGAAUAAAGAAAAAUAUCAGUUAGGGGAUUAUUUAUUGUUCCAAUACCUAAUUCUCCAUACUGCUAUUAUACAAAUUGUAUGGCGAACAGUAGGGAGAAUAAAUAGUGGGAUCUGGGAGUGAAACAGUUUAUCAUUGGUCUUUAUAGGUAAGGUGGUGUACACUGGUGUAACAUUUGCUGGCCAGGUUGGUCUUUUGACAGCACAGCGACCGAACAGUCUCACAAUCAGUCUGGAUGAGAGGGACCGGGGCCACAUAUGGGAUAAUGUCUUUGAAGCUAUCUUUAAUAAAAAUGCAAUUCCUGUUACAUUUCUGAUUCGAGAUGUGGUCAGCACAGAAGGAAUGGACUUUUCUCAAGCUGUGAAGAAAGUAUCUCAAGUGUCCUUGAUAGCAGCUAGCUAUCUUAUUUUAGGAGGAGUUAAAGUUGGGGAAGGUGCUGUGGUUACGCGAGACAGAGAAAAAACAGCUGACAUCUGGAGGCUGGGUCAAGAUGCAGCAAAGGAACCGUAUGUACUUAACAAAUAGAUGUCAUGUUGUGGUACAUAAUUUUAUGUUUAGUGAUACAUCUCAGGUGAUGUCAAAAUGUGGAAGAAAACAAGAACACAAGAAAGAAAGCUGCACAUAACAUGGCCAAGUUUGUCACUGAUACUCUAACCCUAAGCAUUUUGAUGUCUUCUGUGAUCUAUUACUUUCCAGAUUUACAGAGCCACAGUAACAUGGAACCAAUUUAUUUUAUAAAAGAAAAAGAAAAAGGUUGUUACUGGUGACAUCAUUUUGUGUCUGUCCUCCAAUUGGUCAUAAGUAAGAACCAAUCAAAUGGUGUGUAAUUCAGCUUAUUAUAUACUAGUAAACACAAAGAGAUUAUGCAAUUUUGAAACUUAAGAAAAGUGAGAAAGUACAUGCGAAUUAUGAAGUUUGAAAAGGAGGUUACUUUUAUCUUGAACUUUACAAACUACCCUCGUAUGGAUGGUUACAUCUCAGGAUUGAAUCAUUUUUGUGUUGAAUAUGCAGGUGGUACCUUGUAGAGACCAAUUAUGACCAUUGGACCACACCCCCUCCAUCAGAUGAUCGCCGUGACCCGGCUGAGAAGGCAUUGAAAAAGUUGACUCAGGCAAAGCUCACCCCUGAUGCACUGUUCAAUGUCAUGUCCAUCCAUCCUGUACUGAAUAAUGAGACUGUCUACACAACUAUCAUGCAGGCAAAAAAUGCUGAUCUAUUCAAUACUUGGAUUCAGACGCCAUAAGAUAACAAUCUUGUAUUCCUUGGUGAGCCACUUAUUUUCUUGGAGAUAAUUCAAGCUUAACCCUUUACAUCCUAACAUCGGUAUGCAUGUUCUCGAUACUGUUCUGUUCUCUAUACAUUCCUAAAGUACUGACAAGGAGAGUUUGUUUGAAAAUCAAGAGCUUCUUUUGUUGGUGAUCAUCUCCUUCAUUCUCAUGACCUUAAUGUUUGAUUCACGGGUGAUAUUGUAAGGAAAAAUUAGAUGCCUGUCACUCUUAGGGAUUAAAGGAUUAACCCUUAAGCUCCCAUGAGUGAUGACCAAAACAGAAUUUCUCCUUACAAUAUCAAUACAAUUGUGAAUUGUUAGUUGAUCAAACACCAAAUUAUCUGAAGUAACAUCAUAACAAUUGUGUGACAGACAGUGGGGAGAAUUUCUAGUUACAUAUUGGAAGGGAAUGGUCAGUUGCAAACUAGGAAAAGUAUGCAUUGUUUUGCAUGUAAUUGUGAAAAAAAAAAGAAGAAAACAGAGUGCUAAAGAAACUAAAUUUUUGAGACAAAUUGGAUCACAUAAAUGUUAAGAAAAAUGAAGCAAGCAUUUUUUGCAACUUAUUUUCAACAUAACAAAAAGAAUCUAAAAAAUUGUUUUUUAAGUAACACUGAAGGUAGCUUCAACAGUAUGGAUAACACAACUUUAACAAUUAUAACAUAAUAUAUGUUUCAGUUUGGUAUUGAAAUUUUUUAUCGUCUUUUUUAAAUCAAUAUUUUAUGAUGAAUAGUAACAACUGGUUAAGUCUGCAUAAUAACUGAGUUAAGCACUACUCGAGAGUUAAGGAACUGGAUGUGGUUAGGAGAAAAUCAAGAAAAUUGACUGUUAAUUUUUUUCCAGAGAAUGGCGAAAUCAGAAAUAAAUUAUCGUUAGUGGAAUGAUCUUUUUCACUAAAAAUGCACUGAGUGCACUCCCGUGUCCCCGUUCCCCGUUCUUAAUUUUUUUUGUUUUGUUUUUCAUUCCCCGUUCUCCGUUCCUGAUUUUGGUAACAUCCACAGCGGGAGUGGCGGAUAACGCUUUUGCAUGAGGUUCAUAUGACUCUCAUAAGGGUCAUCAGUCUCUUCGAUCGAUUCUCUCUUAACCGUGGUGAACACAUGAAACAGCCGUAUUUAUCUCUUUGCCAAUUAUCCAUCUGUUCGUAAAGUAUUCGAAUGAGCAAAAUCAAUUAUCUUAGCUUUCAAUGCUUUAUUAGAUACAACUGAAUAAUUUACACUUAUAGACAUAUUUUUUUUUUAUAUUUACAAAAAAGGUCGUGCAACGAAUACCAGUAGUCUGGAGGGUGCGGGCGCUCCUAAAAUUCCCAGCGUGUCUUAAUAAAAAGUAUAGUC